GUUGCCGUAUCUCGGUGGCGUCGGUUUGGUGGUUUAGUAGCUACUUUUGUCAACGACGUUUCCAUGCUUUUGGGGAAGUUUAUACGUUUUUAACAAAAUUAAACAAACAGGAAUAGCUGAAAGUUAAGGAGCUAACUAAGGAAGAAACCCACAACAUGCCUUCAAUAGAAGCCGAAAUGGCUGUUGAUAAUAAUCAACAGUCGAAACCAAUGUCUGGGCCUAUCAUAGGCAUAAUCUAUCCUCCACCGGAGGUUAGAAAUAUUGUUGACAAAACUGCCAGUUUUGUUGCUCGCAAUGGUCCCGAGUUCGAGGCACGGAUCCGGCAAAAUGAAUUGGGAAAUCCAAAAUUCAAUUUUUUGAGUUCCGGUGAUCCUUAUCAUGCAUACUAUAGACAUAAAGUAAAUGAGUUCAGGGAGGGAAAAGAUGCCUCUGCCCCAAGUGUUCUGACGGGCAUCAAACAAUUGUCGGUAACAAGUGCUGCCCAACAAAAACAACAGGAACUAUUGAAACAAGUUGCCGAACAGCAAUUCGUACCCAAAGAUCCUCCAGCAGAAUUUGAAUUUAUAGCAGAUCCACCAUCAAUAUCUGCAUUGGAUUUGGACAUUGUAAAACUGACAGCGCAGUUUGUGGCCCGUAAUGGUCGUCAAUUCUUGACAAAUCUUAUGAAUCGUGAACAACGUAAUUUUCAGUUUGAUUUCCUACGGCCUCAACAUUCGUUGUUCCAAUAUUUCACGAAACUUCUUGAACAGUAUACAAAGAUAUUGAUACCUCCCAAAGAUUUGUUGGGUAAGCUACGAGCAGAAAGUGGAAAUCAGCGUGUUUCUAUGAAUAUUGUUUUGGAACAGGUCAAAUAUCGUGCCAACUGGCAGCGGCAUCAAGAAGCCCAGAAACGUCGUGAGGAGGAGAAGGUUGAGAAAGAAAGAGUGGCAUAUGCUCAAAUCGACUGGCAUGAUUUCGUGGUGGUGGAAACAGUUGAUUACCAACCAUUUGAAACUGGCAAUUUUCCACCACCUACAACACCCGAAGAAGUGGGUGCUCGCGUCCUCAUGGAGGAGCGUUUACAAGAGGAAGAAGGUGACAUUGAAAUGCAAAUUGAAUCGGAUGAAGAAGAUAGCGAUGAAGAACCAACCGGACCAAGUGCUGUUAAGCUAUCUCAAAUGGAAAACCGCACUGGUAUUCAUAUGAAGGAAGCCACAUAUCACAGUCAAGCAUCCAAAAAAGACAAUACACAAGUGCAAGAUAUGGAUGAAGCUUCAAGCGAUGAAGAUUCACCUUCUACAGCUAAAAUGCAACCACCUGUUGCUCCACUUAUGCCUCCCACACAUGAUAAAGUUGUGGUCAAAAAAUAUGAUCCCAAAGCUUCCCAAGUUAAGCCGGUUAAACCCACAGCUACUGAUGAAUUUCUCAUUUCACCAAUUACCGGUGAGAAAAUUCCCGCUUCCAAAGUGGCUGAGCAUAUGCGUAUUGGUCUUUUGGAUCCACGUUGGGUGGAGCAACGCGACAAGCAUACCGUAGAGAAAAUCAAUCAAGAAAAUGUUUAUGCAGCUGGUACUGCCAUUGAGGCGAGUCUUAAACAAUUGGCUGAACGUCGUACCGAUAUUUUCGGUGUGGGUGACGAGGAAACUGUCAUUGGUAAGAAAUUGGGUGAGGAGGAGACAAAGAAAGAUGAUCGUGUUACUUGGGAUGGUCAUACAUCAAGUGUUGAGGCAGCUACCCGGGCGGCCAGAGCCAACAUAACCCUUGAAGAUCAAAUUCAUCAAAUACACAAGGUCAAGGGAUUGCUGCCAGACGAAGAGAAAGAAAAAAUCGGGCCCAAGCCAGUGGGUAAUAAAUCUGGUGGCCAGCAUCAAAAUCAAAAUAAAUCCUCCCAUGCUCCACCACCACAACAACAUCAAUCUCAUCAUCAUCAACAACAACACCAAGGGGCAAAUCAACAAUCCCAACACCAGCAGCAUAACAUGCCAGCCCAACCACCAGUUAUGAUGAUGCAAAUGCGUGGUCCACCCAUGAUGCCACCACCCUUCCCAGUGCCGGGUUAUAUGGCACCAAUUCCAGCUGCAGCCCCACCAAUCACACCAGCACCAGCUGUUUUAGAUCAAUCUAUUAUACCCAUGGCUCAGUCCAUUGCAGUUGAUGAUGAACCACCAAAUAAGAAAUUACGUUCUGAAGAUAAUUUGGUACCAGAGGCCGAAUUCAUAGCCAUGCAUAAGAGUCCCAUAACCAUACAGGUUCAAAUUCCGAAUGUUAUUGACAAAUCAGAAUGGAAAUUAAAUGGUCAAACAAUAGCUGUAUCCUUGGCCCUAACCGAUGCUGUAACUUUAUUGAAAAGUAAAAUACAAGAAGAGACUGGUAUGCCACCAGCGAAACAGAAGAUUUCCUACGAGGGCAUGUUCUUCAAGGAUAACAACACUAUGGCUUUCUAUAACCUACUCAGUGGAGCCACAGUUCAUUUGCAAAUCAAAGAACGUGGUGGUCGUAAAAAAUAAACUAUUAAAACUGAUUUCAUACAACAAUUAUUUUAGCUGGUAUAGCAUUGGCAUAUAGAAAUGAUAAAUUAUUGUAAUACAAUAACCACAAGAAUGCUGGUAAUAAAGGACAAAUUAAUGACACCAUUGAUUUUUAACAAAAA